AUGAAGGUCGAAACCCAGAAAUUCGAACGGGGGAAAAGGCAACCAGAGGAAGAAAAAGGUGAACAGCAAAAUCAAUCUCAUCAUUCCGUUAAUUGUGGGUUAAGCGCCAGCAACACUGCUCUUGGCAGUAAUGUUAAUCAUCAACAGGAAAAGAUGAUAAAGAACGGUAGUGCUACCGGUGGUAGAAGUAGUAGUAAUAUUAGUAGCCCAGGGAGGAGUAGUAUUUCUACUACUAGUGGUGGUACGGAUGCUGUGGAUGCGAUGAGGGCCAUACCUGACUUGGUGGGUCCAUUUAAAACGUUGGUAACAAAUUCCCUUGAUGAAAUUCUACAACAACGACCUGCAGAUCCACUUCGAGUUCUCGCAGAAAAUCUACGGAAAGGGAGCAAAACUCAUGAAAUUGAGAAACACAGUUGUGUGGUGGGAGCCAGUAGUAAUCAUUAUAGUCCAAUAGUGUGUACACUAACAAAGGCAUGUACACAGAAGAAUGGAGCUGAGAUGAUGCAAGUGCCUGGUAUACCAUUGUUAUUACUUGUAACUCCCACUUCAUUUGAAUUGGAUGCCGCUCUUCGUAAUCUUGAUGCCCUCACUGCAGCGAAAUCUAAAGUUAUUAUAUUUGUUGAACCACCUAAUCCUCCCACAGACUUAUUUUAUUUAAAAGGUGUACCCUACUUCGCUAAUGUAACAGAACAACUUCUCCAACGACGUCGUAGUGGUACAUUAGAUGAGACACUGAAUGCUUCUGUGGGUUCUGCUGCUAAAAUUACUGCCCUUUUAGAAGAAACACUACAAACGCAUAUUACAACUUUACAGGAUGAGUUAUUAGCUGUAGCUACACCACCCUCACGAUUUCAAAUUCUUUAUUUACCAGAAAUUCAAAAUAACGUUCUAGAAGUGUUUGAUGUAAUUGAUACCGCAUUUGGGAUAAAGAAAAAACAUUGGGAUGAGUCUCCUCCACCCGGUGUACCUUCUGUUUUACUCCUAUCCUUUAACUCUAUGAUGUCCAAUAUGACCUUUUCAAGACUUAUUUCAGCCAUGUUACCUUUACAUGAACAAUUACAACGUGUUAAGAUUGCCAAGACAUUGGAACACAAUAAGGCGUAUAUCCAAAAACUUAAUUAUGAGUAUGUUACCAAGUAUUGGAGAGAAGUUCUGCAACGACGGGAUGAACGUGAUAAAUUACGAGGGAAGUCGUCAAAGUUGGGAGUUUCUCAUUCUAGAACACAUAAUCAAUCAAGAUCUCCGAAACGACAACAACAGACAGAUGAUAAAAAAAAUAAAAGUGAAUCUUUCUUGGCUCGUGCUCGAAGACGUGAAAAUGAAAAUACUACAUUUCUUCAUGUAACUUAUGAACUUCAAUCACAGGCGGCAACACGUAUUCAAGCCCUUUAUCGUGGCUAUAAAUUAAGGAAAAAGAUCUCGGUUUCUCAUAAAGAAGGUGUUACAUCAUCCUUAUCAUCAUUACCCUCCAGAACAGCAGUUGAAGGAGAAAAAGAAGAAAAAGGAAAAGAAAAAAGAAAAGAAACAUCUCUUGGAGUACCGUGUUGGGUGGAAGAUCUUCCACAUUCACUACCAUUUCUAUUACGUCAAUGUAUGGAGCGUCUCAGUGCAAUACAUGGAGAACUCUUUGGAAACUACACCGUUUCUUGUCCUCCAGAACCUCGUUGUAUUACUGUAUUGAAACCUUCACGUAAAAUUGUAAAGGCGAAUGGUGUGGAUGAUAAUGUUGACAGUGAAUCCGAAACAUGGGAAGAGGAACGAGUGGCUUUACCAAUGAUACGACAAACAGAAAUGCCUCCUCACUUUAAUCCUCUUCGUCGCCUUAUGGAGUGUGAAUACUUAAGUGGAUGUAAUACCAUAGAAUAUGCAAUGGCGAUUCAACAAGAUUGUACUGGUCUUUCAGUACUGCAGCGACGAGCCUAUGACUGUUUUAAGUCAUUAGUGUUAAAUUUACUACAUAUAUCUUAUUUGGAACUUUAUCAUCGUGGGAAACUUCCCAUGACGGUAAGAACUUUUGAUGAAUAUAUGCACCGUUUUCAUACAGAUGUAUUUGGAUGGUUCUCGGUACCUCAUUUUUUAUCUCGUAUUGCCCUUAAAAAUGUAAUGAAAUCUCCUAAUACAGUAUCUCUUCUAUGCGAAAGUGAAAUGAUGAAAAUAGAGAGAGUAUUACUUUUAUGUAGUUCUUCUGAAGGUCAACUUUACAAGAGUCCGUAUCAUCAAAAUCAAGAGCAACAACAAGAGUUAAAAAAUGGAGAUACUUCACAUUCCAGUUCUCUAUUGUCUAAAAAUCGAAAAAGGAAUUGGGUUUGUCCAGGUGUAUAUGCAGCCCCAGAUUUCCUUUCCGAAGCCUCAUGGGAAAUUGCCUUACAAGAUAUACCUUUUAAUGGAGAAGAGAGAAAAGUGGCUUGGUGGAGUUUAAGUCCUCAUCCGGCAGUUUAUGUAAAUGGACAACCUUUAGUGUUAGUACCAAGGCAUGAGAUGCAAGAAGUUGAAGGACGUCCUCAAUUUGAUAAAUUUGUAUUACAUAUUGAAAAUGAGAAAAAAACUUCUCCAUUACCACCCAAACAUGCUUUUCAUAUCAAAAAAACAUUAUCAUCAUCAUUAUCUCACUCUAAUCAACGAAAGAAUAGUUGGAGUGGAGUAUGUGAUGGUCUUUCCACUUCUUUAACAGGAGAAUCUGAUGCUACAGUAACAAAAAAAGAAACUGUAACUUAUCAUGAAGAAGAUGAAAUACCUUUAUCUAUAUUUGGUGCUUCUCUUCGUUUAGAGGAUGAUCAUUUGGUACAUGAAAUUAUGCAAGAAAUCUCUCAAUCGGAAUCGGAUGGGAAAUUUUUAUACUACAGUAUAAUGGGUCCAUCUCAUCUUUCUCCUCUUCCUAUUACGUAUACAUGGGCACAACCUCUUAUAUUAUGCUCAGAGGAUAUAAAGAGAUCCGACCGUUUCAUUUCACGGGAAACUUCUCUGGCUCCAAGUACUUCUUCCUCACUUAUUCGUUCCAAUCAUCGUCGUUCAAAUAAUCGAGGAACAUGUUCUAAAGUGGUGGGAAAUGCUAGGCGACGUUCAUUAUCUGUUGAAAAAGGUCCAUCAUUCGAUAGUAUUACAAAGCAAUCAAACUCUAGAAGAAGUUCCAUAGCAUCUACAGAAAGUUCAUCACGUCGGCAGUGGAGUGCUAAUACACGUGUUUCUACCUUAUCUCUUGUAGAAAGUGUAGAUACAAUAGCACAGAAAGUAUCCCAAAAUGUCUUUAAAGGUAAUCAUUUCGUGCAUGUACGACCUUGGAUUGCUCCUGAAUGUGGUCGUAGUUGGGUAUUGGUAUUUGAAAAAUUUAUUUCCAAGUGUUUAGUUCAGCUACGAGAAGGUUACUCCAUUAUUCUUGCUAUUGAUAGUCCUUCUCAACUAGUAUUAUUUAAUGCGGUUUGUUUAUUAAAGCAUGCUAUUUUAAAACAACCAGAAGUAGAAAAGAAAGGACCAAACGCUUCCAUAACGGAUGUCAGUAAACCAAACCGACACCCUUCUCCUCCACCGAGUCUUUUAUCAAAUGAGACUAUUAAAUGUCUCUCCUUUAUGGACUCUUUCUAUGAACGAGUGAGAGAACUUGUGAAACAAACGGAUAUUUCUAUUCCUGAAUGUGUGUAUACAAUUCAUGCAGUUAUGAAAGAAAAUGCACCAGGUGAAUUAAUGUUUUUGGAAGAGUUACCAAUUCUUAUUCGUGAUGCUGAGCUUGAAACAAAUCCACGAAUAUUAAGAGAGAAUAUAACUACAAUUGUACAGCGUAUUGAAUUAUACUGUUGGUUGAUUCUCUUUCAAGUGUUUUUAUCUUCACAAGCGACCACCAGUGUCUUUGAAGAAAAAAGUGAAUUAAAUCUAUCUUCAUUUGCAGCCUUCGUUGACGAUUCCUCAGUGAGAGCGUGGAUGGAUAAUAUUGAUCCAUGGCAAAACAUCCCAACAAGGUCACCUGAUCCUUUCCAUCUGCGCUACACCAACGGAUUGCGACGCUGGGAUGAUCGUAACUACAUCUUUCACGGCGUUGUGUAA